AUGUGUUGCACCUGCAUGAUGUGGGAACUGGUGAUCCCCAUUGUGGUUCAUAGUGACCACAUCUUUAACCAGUCUUUGUUGCUCGAGGAGCUCCGACUCAGAGUUGAUGAGCUGGAGUUUGAUCUUCGAACACUGCGACGCAUCAGGGAGGGGGAAGAGUUAUCUGAAAGCUGUGUUUCAGGCAGUCACACACUAUGGAACAAUGGGUUUAAUGAUCUUAAUAAACUUGGUGGUGGAUCACUCAACACCAUGUGGAAAUCUGUGGAUUCAACCUUUCUGUUUUGGUGCCUUGUUUAUCAGCUUAUACCUCAUAUAGGAGUUCUUUCGGAUGCACAUGAAUGCCUCAGGAUCUCAGUCAGUGCCAACCCUGUGCACCUGGGAUCAUCACUGGUUGCUACCUGCAAAAUAACAAACACCUCCUGUGUUAUGGGCUCUAUCACUCACGCCUCUCAGAUACUGUGGCAACUCGACAAUAAGUACAUUGACAAGACACAGUACACAAUUGUGAACAGGACCGUAUCCCAAGUCAACAUUUCUGCUUUCAACCAAACAGUUGGAAACCUCAGCUGUCAGAUUCCGCAAGGAUCAGAAGGAAUUCUGCAAAAUGGCGUGCAAAUCCAAGCUGGUUUUCCUCCAGAGAAACCAACGAAUUUAACUUGUGUAACAAGCUGGAAGGAAAAAAUCAGCAUGACAUGCAGCUGGGAUCCAGGCAGAGACUCCUACAUCCGAACAACCUACACACUCCGCAGAAUAAAGAAUUUGGGUAAGUGCCAUAAUCAUGAAAUGGAUGCAAAGUGGAGUGAUUGCUUGUCUCAGGAUUCCCGUUCCUGUACUGUUCCUCGUGACAAACUCCGUCUCUUCUCCACUGAUGAUAUCUUUGUGCUCGCAAAGAAUGAACUCGGAUCCCAAGUGUCUGACGUCCUGUGCCUUGAUGCAAUGGAUGUGGUGAAACUAGAGCAGCCUGUCGAUCCCAUCAUACAAGGAGAUCCACGAAACAUCAACUGUUUGAUUAUAAGAUGGAGGAUAAGAAUUAAACUGCAAAUUAAAUGCCAAUUGCAGUACCGAGAACACGGCGAGUCUGCCUGGAGACAAAUUUUGGCUUUCAUCAAAGAACUGCAGAAAGAGGAGCGUCUGUGCCAGUUGUCACCAGGCACUGAGUACCUAAUCCGCCUGCGCUGUAUGUUGUCUGGUACAACUCGAUACUGGAGUGACUGGAGCGUAGAAUACUCUGGACGCACUGCAGAAAGCCUUUUGAAAUCCGCUACCGUGAUUGCACAAUGCUCAUCACCAUUCACAACUCCUCAGGAACUGAAGGAGUCUGAAAUGAAUGGGAGGAUCCAAGGCUACAGAGUGACAUAUGGAUGUGAAUCUGAUGCCAAUCAUCCUGAAGUCACUUUGUGUAAUACGACGAGUUUGAGCUGCAGAAUCUCAAGUCCCAAAGGAGACGGCAACAUCUGUGUCCGUGCUUACAACACAGCUGGGCACUCUCCUGCUGCAUUGCUGGCACUGCCGACUCUACACCAGACAGAGAAUGUUGAACCCAUGAAAUGUUAUGCCAUCUCCAUCUACCCUCUGCUUUUCAAAGGACUUGCAGUUCCAUAUUCUACUGAAGCAUAUUCCAAGCAAGGUGAUAUCGUGAGAAAUGAAUUGGAAAGGAGAUACACGUUGACUGGGCUUCUAGCUGCUACUGAUUACGAGGUGAAAGUCAUGGCAACAACUGAUGCAGGUGGAACAAAUAGUUCAGUCUUGAAUCUUACCACAAAGAAAUCUGAUGAGAACAUUUUGAUUAUCAUUGCAUGGCUUUUCCUAAUUCUCCUUCUCUUGAUGUCCAUUCUGCUUUUGAUGUAUUUUCUUUUCAAAAAAAUGUUAACUGGACAACUAUGGCCAAAGAUACCAAACCCUGCAAACAGCGCCCUUGCCAGCUGGAGCCCAGGGAGGCAAUCCCAGGAUUGGAAUUCUUUGGAAGGAGCUCCUGACCACAUUGUUUCCUCUGUUACUUUACUUCAGAGAGACGAAAGACAGAACACUGCUUUUGGAGCAAAAUCAAACCCCUUGCUUGAUGAUGAAAAUGUUCUGAGCAUUGACAUGAAUAAAAAGAGCACCAGUGGUGUAGCGACCCUGCACUGUUGCUCAGAGGGGCAUAAUUAUGUUGUUUACAUGCCAUACCACAAUCAUUCUGAGGAGGCUCAGUAUGCAACGGUGUUGCACUCUAAAGACCAGAUAGGUCCACCCACACUCUUCUUGAGGUCAGAUUCCACUCAACCACUUCUGCAUGAAUUAACCCAAAGUCCCAAAUUAUAUGAGAAUCCAUGGUUUACGAUGUCUGCUACAAAUGACAGUGAAUUGUCCCAGGAUAUUUCAUUGUCAGAUAUUAUAGUUGAAGAGGAGGAAAUCUGGAAAACGUUCCCACUUUUAUGGGGACUGGUGUCUGAGCACAAAUCUGAUUAAAUGGUGACACAGUUGUAACCCACUGGUGAAUUACAGAAAUGGUGACACAUUGAUGAUACACUGAUGCUUCAAAGGUGCCACAAUCAUCAAUGCUGAAUGGUGACAGCUCUGCUGAAUGCACCAGUGUGAGCAACUCAAUCUGCCCGAUUCCUCUGCUAUUUCUGCAUUGACCUGCAGUUUGUUUCUUCUCUUCAUGGAGUUGUAUAAAUUCCUUUUGAAACCACAUUUGAAUCUGCCUCCCCCAACAAUCUCAAAGUGCAUUCUAGAUUUCAACCACUGGCUAUGUGACAAUGUUUUUCUCCUGUCACUUUUGGUACUUUUGCUGAUCACCUUAAAUCAAUGUCCACUGGUUUUUGACCUAUCCACCAAUGGGAAGAAUUUAUCCAAACUGUUCUAUCCAAACCUCAGGUCAUUUGAAUACCUGCAUCAAAUUUCCUUGCAACAACCAGUUCCCAAAGGAUAAAACUCUCAACUUUGUCAAUUUAUACAUGUAACUGAAGUCUUCUGUCAUUGGAAUCAUUCUCAUUUUUUUUUUCUGCGUCCUCCUCAAAAGACUGUUAUCUGCAGUUAGACACAAAACUCCAAUUAAAACUGAGCUAUGUUCACCACAAACUCCUUACUUUUGUACUCUAUACUUCUUUUUGCAAAGUCCAAAGUCUCAUUUGCCCAUUAACCAUUUUCACAUUCAAUAUGACCAAUAUCAAUAAUUCAUAUCGGUAUAUCUCCAGAUCUUUCUGCUCUUGCACCCUAUUUAGAGAGAGAAUUGUAUCCUUCACUUUCUCACUUUUUCAUAUUACUCCAAACAAAAUGUAUCAUUUCACACUUCUCUAAACUAAACUUCAUAAGUCCAGCCAUUUGAUCAGCCUCAUUAUGUCCUCUCUCAGUUCACAAUGCUUCCAAUUUUAUAUCAGGAAAUUUUGAAAUUGUGGCCUGCACACCCGAGUUUCAUCAUUAAUAUAGAUCAAGAGAAACUAUAAAUCAAGAGUAGACUAUUCAGCCCAUCAAGUCUGCCCCACCAUUCAGUAUGAUCGUGUCUGAUCGAACACCCGUUCUCUAUGACUCAAACAACUUGUAUCCAUGCUGCCUCGAUUGCCUUUGUUCCUUGGGCUUCAGCUUUGCUGACAAAGCAUUUUUAAAGAAAACCUUUUGGAAGUCCAUGUACACUACAUCAAUCACAUUUACUAUCAACUAUAAAAUCUACUCAAAAAUGUAAUCAAGGUUAAUUAAACUUGCCCUGAACAAAUCUGUGCUGCAAUCUUGAAUCUUGUCUACCCUUGUCAGAGUGACUGUUAAUUUUGUCCCCAUUAUCAUCUCUAGAGGUGCUAGUUAAAUGAGUUGGCUAUCAUGUGGUUAUCAAUAGCACAAUACUGCAGGUUCAGUUCCUGAUCUAGCUGAUGUGAAGUUCACACAUGUCUCCUCACCUCAGAGUCAGAGAGAUGUGCAGCAUGAUAACGGACCCUUCGGUCCAACUCAUCCAUGCCAAACAGAUAAAUUAAUCUAGUUCCAU